CCUAGGUAGAAUUGUAUUGAUUAUCGAAAAUUAUUUCAGACUCGGCGGAGAUUACGUCUUAUUAGACAGCGGCGCCUGCGUGGUGGCACUCGCCACGCUGAAACGACUUCAGCCUUUGUUUUCUGCCUCGUACAGAGUAGCAUCCGGUCUAUUUGCUUGCGGACGGAAUUUAUCACUGCCAUCCGGACUUAUUUGUAUAGCUUAGCUCUCUAUCAUUAUUCUUCCACGAGCGUCGUGGCAGAGCGACUCUCCCGCGUACGCUAGUCACCUUAUCCUGCCUCAUUUUCCCUGUUGGGAACUCCCUUCCCGCCUGCAGAACUCAACUUCCUUCAGUCUGUCUUCUGCUCAUCAAUCGCGACCAUCAUAUCCAGAACUCCCCGUGGUCUUGAGACUUUCAGUUUUCCUAUCUUCUUCUUGGCCGCUUCUUGCCCUUCCAUGGCCUUGUUUAGGUCGCCGAGAUCCCUCCAAAAUGCCGACUAUUUGCUCUCCGGUCAUCACGUCAUGACCCAAAUGGCCGUCAACUCGACCGCCAUCUUUCAGAGCAGCAGCCCCUCAUCCCAUUCGAACCAUCCGCCGUUCUUCCACUUGGUGCUUCUGGUCUUCGAAGCAGUCCUGGAGGUCGUCUGCGUCAGUCUUCCGGGUUACAUUGCCGCUCGCCAGGGCAUGUUCGAUGCCGAUGCCCAGAAGCUCGUCGCCAACCUGAACGUCACAUUAUUUACGCCGUGCCUAGGUAUGCGGAUUGCUUUCUUUCUAGGGACUAUUCAUUGCUGACGGUUGAUUCCUUCAGUUUUUACGAAACUCGGAUCCCAACUCACUGCCGAGAAACUGACCGACCUCGCCAUCAUACCUUUCAUCUUCAUUGUCCAGACAUUCGUCUCCUUCUUUUGCUCCUUUAUCGUGUCGCGAUGCUUCCGAUUCCAGAAACGCCAGUCGAAUUUUGUGGCUGCCAUGGCAGUAAGUGAUUUCUUUCCUCUCGGGGAGGUCGGCACUCCCCUGCCAAACUCAGGUCCACUAAUUGCUUUGCAUUGUUCCAUAGGUCUUCGGAAACUCCAAUUCACUCCCCAUAUCCCUCGUUAUGUCGCUAUCGCAAACGCUGAAAGGGCUCCAUUGGGAUCGGGUCCCAAAUGAUAACGAUGACGAAGUCGCUGCGCGUGGGAUUCUGUACCUGCUUAUAUUUCAACAGCUGGGUCAGCUCGUGCGCUGGAGUUGGGGAUACCAUGUGUUACUUGCCCCCAGGCAUAAAUAUAUCGAAGGCCUAGAUGAAGUGGCUUCUCGAAUUGAGGAUGGACAGGCCCACUACCGCGAUAACCCCGAGCAGACAGAUCCGGAUGAGCCGUUGAUCAGAACGCGUGAUUCGGAUGAGUUUGACCGUGAACCGCCCAUGUUCCGAUCGGGUGAGGAAACGCCCGUGACGGACCGUACCUAUCCUUACUCCAAACUGCCUUCACUGCAAGGACAGGAAGACGCGCUGGAGGUGGAUCGGCCAUCUCCGAUAAUCGGAAAUCCGCCCCGUGGUCCGUUCCUCCCUCGUCAAAGUUCGCAAGGGCAGAUUCUGUCCUUUCCGGAUGUUGAGAUAACGGCUCGGGAAGAGGAAGCGGAGCCAGAUGCUGGUCAAAGAUGGAGGUCUUCGGUACGCCGAUCCAAUGACCGUAUCUCGCGCUGGCUGGACGGGAAAAGGGCUGCCACCUUUAAUCGACUUCCAACCGGGAUGCAGAAGGGUCUUUCCGCCGGUUGGAAUUGGGCAGGAAGGUUUGUGCGAGGCGUGUGGGCAUUCAUGAACCCUCCAUUGUGGUCGAUGCUUGUGGCGAUAAUCGUUGCCUCGGUCCCAUCCUUGCAGCACCUGUUCUUCAGCGAGGGCACUUUCGUGCGGAACUCUGUGACGCGGGCCAUUGACCAGAACGGGCAAGUCGCUGUGCCGUUGAUUCUAGUCGUCCUGGGGGCGAACCUGGCUCGGAAUACUCUGCCGGAGGAGGCACUUCAGGAUAUGGAGCAUCCCAAGGAAGAGCGGAAGCUGAUCAUAGCAUCGCUUGUUGCGCGUAUGCUCCUGCCCACAAUCAUCAUGGCUCCUCUGCUUGCGCUUCUGGCCAAGUAUGUCCCUGUUAGUAUUCUGGACGAUCCGAUCUUCAUCAUCGUCUGUUUCCUGCUCACGGGGGCUCCAUCGGCCCUCCAGCUGGCUCAGAUCUGCCAGAUCAACAAUGUAUACGUCGGGGCUAUGUCGAAGUUGCUCUUCCAGAGCUACGUUAUCUGGAUUCUUCCCUCGACUCUCGUUCUUGUCAUGUGCGCGUUGGAAGUGGUAGAAUGGGCUUCAGGUUAAAUAUGCCUGUGUUCCGGGAUAUGAAUACUAGCGACAUGGGCUUAGGACCAUUCUUCUAUGCUCCAUUAUAGUCGGUGUUAGGCGUCCGGUGACUUCUGGGGAAGUUGUCAUGUGGCCUUUUGGAAGAAGAGGGGAAAUGAAUAAAACCCUCACCCAGUUUUGGGCGUAUCCCCGCCUUGGAAUUACGUAUGAUUAUUGCUGUCUUAGAAGUUAGUGCUAUUAUUAUUGCUGUUGCUAUUUGUUAUUUCUCUUGGCCUUUACUCAUGGUCUUGUUAUCUGGUAUCCUAUAGGGCUGAAGAGUGGGGUGAGUUCAUUAUAAUUCCAAUCAACAUUAUCUACGUACUGAGGA